AUGCACCUGGGCUGCGGGCUGUCCCAAGACAACAGAACCAAUAUCGACUGUGAGCAAGAGAGCAUUGUGGUCAACGAGAGUUCAAUCCGAAGCUCGUCGGCUCAAAUGGGUGGUCAUGACGAAACGGCAAGCGACGCCCGACCAACGAACACGGAAACUCGAUCCCCAACCAAUUCCACCUUUGUAGUCGAAGCCGGGAGUUCCGAAGAUCGCGAAUCUUUGUCAGGUUUAGGGGCCGAGGAACAAACCAAUCAAGGUCAGUUGCCAGCCAGAGAUGUGAGUACCAACUUCGUGCACACAAACGAAGGUUUGGCAGAAACGGGCUCGACAAGGGAGACUGCCGGGACCAGCCUACCAGAGUCGACAGCAGCAGAACAGGCAGGCACAAGGCAUGAUCCAAUGUUGCCUGCCUCGCAUGGGUCGAACCUCGGCGUCGAGGGAACACCGGCUCUGUCCGACGUAAGCAAUAUCAACCAACACGUACCUGAGGUUGAGUUCAGCUACGGCGUUGCCAUACAGUACCCAGUGCACCUCAGGAUACCGUGGACCCCUAGGGGUCACCUUGCUUUCAAAACCCUUUCUGAAUUGGAGAUCGAACUCAGGACGGUGCUGGAGGAAGGUUUGACUCGGACGACAGGCAAACAGGACUUCGCUGGCCUCAAGGAGUUCCGAAUUGAGUCGUGGCAUUUCGAUGUACGCGGUCAUGGCGCCAUUCUAGAAAUCGACGUCAAGCGCGGGGGAGAAAAACAAUUCGAACACAUGAAGAGAAAGGUGGAUGAGCACAUGCGACUAGCGAUACAGAUGUCUCCGGAGUUGAGACCGUCGUUCGACAUCGAGAUUCACAUAGUCACCGGCCGAGACUCGAGGACCAGACAGGCGGGCGGCCACAGCUUUGGUUGA